AUGCUCUGGAUGUGGGAUCGUGUUGCUAGUGUGUACAUGAUUUGCGCUGCUGAGUCCAACAACACCAUCUGGCAAAUGCGCGGCAUGCGUGGUAUUUCGCAUAUGGGUCGCCUUGAAACGAAUAUCAACGGCUUUAAGCCGAGUGUUCGCGUUUUGGUUGAUCCGUAUACAGCUUGGUUAACCCAACCCAGUGAAGUCACCAUCUUCAUGUCAUCUCAAAGGCCGCCACGACAUCUGAUGUCGAGAUCGGAUAGCCUACUCUUCAGCUUGAAGUUGACGGUGGUCGGAAAGGAUGGCGAUCUCAACAAGACAUCGAGCCAGCCCUUGAACAUUUGCCAUUUCGAGCAGGUCAUCAUUGUUGGCAUUAUUGGAGCCGCCGGCCGCCCCUUCCCCCAAUCACGCGGCUGGGACGGCUGGGAGUUCGGGACCCUUGGUUCCUGUUCCCCGCCAACCGCCACCCACAACCCCCGUGCAUUCUUCCGCCCUUUCACACCCACUCACCCGCGGAAACCUCACAUCCCAGCCCGGCACCAUCAUAGCACAUCAUCAAACCUGUCUUUGUCGACACGUCACACCAGCAUAUCAAACGCAAUACACCUGAACACCCCAGCGCUCUACCAUCUCUCGUGCAUCUAUUGCGUAGCCGUUACUUCUCUCUAUGCUUCUCCCUACAUCCGACUCCAUGGUCUUCUUCAGUCGCUUCGACCACUAUUAAUCCCCCUCUCGAACUGCCCGAAAGUGACCUCAUCCCCUAGUCCCCAAGGCGAUCCUGACUCUCGGUCCGCACGAACCGAAGGCAGUGCUUUCGACGUCGCUCAAUUGACUCAGGGCAGCUCUCUUUCUCUCCGAACCGCGACGCCCGGUAUCCGCGAUCCAUCCGCCACAUUGUCCGAGUUACAAGACGCAGCUACCGGGCCUUCCGUGUCCUCCAAGUUGGAGUUUGCUGAGCCCGCUGUGCAUUGCGAGUACGAGCAUAAGAAAGCUUCGCAAGAACACGCCGACGUCACCGCAGCCACCACGGAGGACGAAACCGAACAGUCACCUCCGCCGCAAUAUCCCGCCUCUGAGGCGUCUUCCUCUCGCCCUCCUCCCUUCUCUUCACUCUUUGCGCCGCUUAUCGACGCCGCUGGUGAAUCUUCUAGCAAGUUUGUUGGCGCUGCAUCAACACAAGCCUGUGCAUCCGGGUCUGUAGCUGCUCCUGCGUAUUCUAGCAGCCCGUCGCUCCAAUCAACACCCUCCCAGCCGGACGGAACAUCUUCGAGAGCUUUCUACGAUCCAGUUGGGGAAACCAAACGAGCUCUCCCCCAGGAUACAAAGGCAGAGCUUAGUCGUAAGGACGAAGACACAGAACCGCCUCCAGCGUACUCAGAGGGCGACAGUCCUCUCCACGCAUUCACAUACGUCAUGUCAGUCGCGGGAGGCGCUGCGAGCAUCAUUACUCAGGUCCAACAAGGAGGGCCACCCAUCAAUGCAAUUGGAGAUGGCGGGACCGACGAGACAAUUGCAAUGGACCUUCGUGGUACUAAAUUUGUCCUCUCGCGAGAGGAACUCCUAACGUUACCAGAGUUUGUUUUGCUGUCCCUGUUUCCGAAUGGACUUUUCCCAGAGGGCCAUAUGAACGGCUUUUCUGAAAGUGAUGCGGUGCAAGUCGAUUAUGAUCCGGUGUCUUUGCAAUACAUGCUGGACUUUUUUAGGAAUGUGGCCCAGACAAUGCCCGCUGAAUCUUCGCCUGGGGCGUCGCAGGAUGGGGAAGCUAUGGCUGGAGAGCCCCUCGGAUCGCGGGACGAUUCGUCUAAGCGAGCAGGCAUCAUUGUUUUGAGGGAAGACUUGGACUUUUACGUAAUACCCCCGAAAGCGGACAUUGGCCAUCCAGCUAUGAUUGAGGUCAAACGUGCAGCCGCUGAAGCAUUGCAAAGACAAGAUGGCAUCUUUUCAGGGUUGAAGCGAAGCGAUGAGCCCGGUACCACGGAAGCGCACCUCAUCGAGAUGCUGACAGCAGGGGGAUUCAAUCACGAUGACACAUGGGGCCAUCGAGCUGGUGAACCAAACAAGGCCGUCAUUUGCAGUUUGGCAUUGGCACGGCUGCGCAGCGAUAUCAGAGGCAGCGACAUGGGAACAAAUGCUGUGGGCAUGGCACAGAAGUUGUUGCUCUUUUGGAGAAAACCGGCGAGGAGGUGCUGGUGGGAGGGCGUCGAGCUGGACAAUGUCGAUGGCGUUCAAGGGAAGCUCAAGGUCUGGAUUCGACGCGUCUGGACACUGGAGAUGAGCGUGAUUGGACUUUGCUAA